CCAGUUCCUGACACGGGAGCGGCCGGAAGUCAGUCAGUGAGCGAGAGAGAGAGACAGAGAGAGAGACAGACAGUGAAGCUCAGGGCGGCGGCGGCGACGACGACAACAACACCACCGAAGUUGGACGCUGUAGUGAGAGGGAGAAGAGAGGAAAGGGCCGCACUCGACGCUGACCUCGGGCCCCAAUGCAGGCGAUCAAGUGUGUGGUUGUGGGCGACGGGGCGGUGGGUAAAACCUGCCUGCUUAUCAGCUACACGACAAAUGCAUUCCCUGGAGAAUACAUCCCCACCGUCUUUGACAACUAUUCAGCCAAUGUUAUGGUUGAUGGGAAACCGGUCAAUCUCGGACUGUGGGAUACGGCUGGACAGGAAGAUUAUGACCGGUUACGUCCCCUUUCUUACCCACAGACAGAUGUCUUCCUAAUCUGCUUCUCACUGGUGAGCCCUGCGUCAUUUGAGAAUGUGCGUGCUAAGUGGUACCCUGAAGUGAGACACCAUUGCCCAAGUACACCAAUUAUUCUCGUCGGGACCAAGCUUGAUCUACGAGAUGACAAGGACACUAUUGAGAAACUGAAGGAAAAGAAAUUGGCUCCAAUUACCUACCCACAAGGACUUGCCAUGGCUAAAGAGAUUGCUGCCGUGAAGUACUUGGAAUGUUCAGCACUGACGCAGCGAGGCCUUAAAACUGUGUUUGACGAAGCGAUCCGAGCUGUUCUCUGCCCUGUUCAAACAAGGCAGACGAAGAAGAAAUGCCUUUUGCUGUAAUCUGUUCUUCUUGAAGCUUUUUACCAAUUCCACAGGGCAUCCAGGUUCAAAUAUGCCAAUUAUUGCACCUCUCUUAUAAAUUCAGCCCUCCUUGAAAUCUGUUUGUGUAGCCUUUACAAAUAUACCCACAAUGCUUCCAUUAGUUAGUUUCAGAAUGAAACCAAUCUACCUUCUGUAUGUUUGUACUUAAUGAAUAAGGUACGGAUGUCCUGUCCCCUUACUGCCUUAAUUUUCCACCACAACUGACAACAUAGAAUUGUAUUUGCAUUUUUGCCAAAGUAUCCACCAUAACUAAAGAUGUACAUCAGGUGAACUAGAAAUACUGUAUUCCAAAUCUGAUCCUUCCACUAUAUUGUACAGUUUACAGGUUACCAUAUACCUCCACAUACCUUCCACCCAACAUUGAAUAUCUGCAGCAAAACAAGGAAAGGGUCUAUUAUUAUUAAAUAAAUGUUGCUGAACUAAGACGGUUAGCUGUACUCAAGGAAGAUAAAAGAUGCUUCAUUGAUGCAGAGAUUUGAUUCAAAGAGCAAUCCAGUCAGAUGCAGUUUAAAAUGUUGAUCGAAUUCCUGAUGAUGAAGACAGCAACAAAUGUGAUAAUUGGGGAAUUUUGGUGUUCUCUACUAUAUACUUAGAGAAAAAGAGUUGGGGGAGCGUGAGAUAAAUGGAAGGAGGUGAAGAAUUUGUUUUAAGCAUCUCCAUUCCACUUAAGAGCAUGAGUGGAGAAAGUAUGCAGAAAAUACAUGUUUAACAACAAAGAGAAAAUGUUUACUCAGUAGAUACAAUGGUGGGAGUAGGAUUUUGAUAAUGUGGCAGAAUGCUGGAGCACUAAAGUUUUUAAACUGAGAGCUUGAUUUAUUGAAGACUAUUGACCAGUUCCUAAUGAACGUUACUGCUUUAGAUAAGUUUUAGGGCAUUUGUAACGUACUUAAUGUAUGUUUUUAAAAUGGUUAUUCCCACAAAUGUUACUCAAUUAAACUCUUCUCUUCCAAAUAGUAAAUCUAAACCAACUAAUAUUGGGAGUGUUCUUUCUUCAAAAAAACAUUUGAACACAAAGAUUCCACAGGUUGGGAAGUAAUUAAUGGGGUUUUAUAUAUUCCUAAAAUACAAUGAGCUUUUGACAGAUCUGCAGGGCUGCUUGACAACUUACUCACACUUAACUAUUUAGUGAAGAUGAUUUCAGCAUCAAAAGUAUCCAUCAGGUCUUUAAUUCAAUCUGUGCGAGGGUAGGUUGAUGUAAAACUUACUUCUCUGCAUCAGUCAGGGUUUGGAAGCUUUGAAGCCACAGCAUCAACACCAUGUAUUACUUUUCAAGUUCCAGUAUCUUUAUCUAAUACUUAAUGUAUAUAUUCCCAAUAUUUUCUAUUUGCUGUUUAACAAUCAUGUCCUAUGGUUCCUGAUUAUAUUUUGGAACAACGGAAUCCAGGGAGUCUUUAAAAAAUUCUAAUUUUUUUUAAACAAAAUUGUGAUUUUAAUGUUGAGAGACAAUGGAAGCUCUCUACUUUUAUUGCUAUCUGUAUGUUUGAAAUCAUUUGUGUGAUUUGAUUAAAAAUUGAAUACAGGAA